UUGCGGGUCGGUAUUUUAAUUUUUUUCAUUUUUCAGCCAAUGACUUCAAUUUAUGAUUCUUCUUGCUGUUCUUCAGAUUCUCCAUGUUCUUCAUCUUCAUUAGCUAUUCCAACACUUUUACUUUUUGAUAAUCAAAAUUCUCCAAUUCCAUCACCAAUUUCAAUUCCAGAUCCAACUACUAAUCGGCAAAACAGUGGAGUUAGUUUUGACAAAAGAGGAGGAGGAGAAUGGAGGAGAAGGCGAAGUGCUGAUGGAACUGAAGGGUUACAGAAUGGAAAUAGUUUACGGGGUGAUAAUGAAAAACAACAAGUAAAAGGAUCGUCUCCGUUAAAUGGAAAGUGGCCAGACACACAAGAUUUGAAUCGUUGCCUCAAUUCUCUUUUUCCUUCAGUAGAACAAUGUCCAACACAAUCUCAAGUUUUAACUUUACUUUUAUGUCUUCGAACGUUUAUAUCUCCAGUUGAAAUUUUACAAAAAUUUCUUCAGCAUAUAAUGUUCGUCCAACACGACAAUUCAACAAACUUUACAAAAGAAAGUCAAAGAAAACUUUUUGAUAACGUCCUUUCAUUUUGUGGUUAUUGGAUACAUUCAUUACCUUAUGAUUUUAAAAAACCUCAAAUGCGUGAUCGUUUAUUGGCUGUUUUAUCUUUAAGUGGAACCAAAAAAGAUUCAAAUGCACAAAAUUUAUGUGAUGAAUUGUUGACAGAAUUGAGAGUUUCUCUUGGAAGAUUGGAAUGCUAUGAAAAUGUGAGAGGAAAAUAUUUUUGAUUUUUAAGGAUUUUAUUUUUUUUAAGUUUAAGAGAAGGGUGAGGGGGAUUUUAAUAAAUGCAGGAGAGAGGGCUUUCCUUGUUCCGAGAAAAAUCUUUGUUAACUGGGGGAAAAUACAGCCUUCUCUGGAGAAAAAUAGUCUGUCUUCCUCACAAUUAG